AUGACAAUCAUCUCAGUCCGGCAGAAAAGCAUAGAGAAAGCAGUAGCAACUGUCUACCCAAACACAUUCCAUGGAGCAUGCAUAUUCCACUUGCUUAACAACAAUAAGGUCAAUUUUAGAGCACACAGAGAAGAUCUUACAUUAAACUUUGUCAAAGCCGCCAAGACAUACAACACGAAAUCAUUUGGAGGAUACAUGUCAGAACUUGACAAAAUAGACAGCAGAAUCAGACCUUAUCUUCAUAGAAUACGAUACAAAUAUUGGAGUAGAUGCCACUGCCCGACCAAAAGGUACACAAUGAUGACAUCCAACAUAGCUCAGUUGAUAAAUUUAGCAAUACUUGCCAGAAGAACACUACCCAUCACUACAAUGAUGGGGAGUCUUCGAAGUUUGGUACAAAAACGGGUUUGGACAAACAGCAACGAAGCACAUAGAACAUUCACCAAAGUUUCAAUAGUGGUAGGAAAAAUACUCAGAGACAACUUUAUGCAAGCAAGAAAAUAUGAGGUUACACCAGUCACAACCAUACUCCACCAAGUGAAUGUGCUAGGGAAAGGGAAAUUCCUUGUCAAUUUACUGGACAAAUUAUUUGAAUGUGACCGGUUCCAGCAAGAUGAAAUCCCAUGUGCUCAUGCAAUAGCUGUAUUCUCGAAACGAGCAUUGCGAGUUUACGACUAUGUUGCGAACUACUACAAAACUGACAAAAUGAAAGCAACAUAUGACACAACAACAAACCCAUUACACAAAUGA